UCUACCUCACCUUAACUUCAUCUCCAACCCCCAUAUCUUAAAUCAACACCCCACACUCCUCCCUGCGCCCAGCCGGCCCACGAUGAAGCUCUCCGAAGACGACAUCUACCGCACCUCCACCCAGUACAAGCACUGGUCCUUCACGCCCGCGCAGCUCGCCGCCCAGCGCCAAAAGACCAACCUCGUCGCCGCCGAACGCGUAAAAGCCAACGUCGCACGCCAACGCGCCACGCGCGCAAAGCAGCUCGACACAGCGAGUGCCUCAGAGAGCGACCGCGCCAACACUCCCGGGAUAGAAAAUGGGAACGGCGAGGGAGGCAGCACGCCGGCGCGGCCCGGCGGGGAGGUAGAGUGUCUGACGGUGGCCGAGGAGAUGAAGCUCGUGGAUGUGUUUUGCGAGCGCGCGUUGGAACUGGGCGCUUUUUGUGGGUUUCCUAUCGAGGUGACGGCAACGGGCAUCCAGUUCCUGCGCCGCUUCUACCUCUACAACUCGCCCAUGACAUACGAAGGCCAGAAUAUAUCGCGCACCUGCAUCUUUCUCGCCAACAAAACAGAAGGCAUACACGUCACCGCCGAAGAAUAUGCCGCCAAGUUCUCCAACGUGACGAGCGACCAAGUCCUUGCGCCUGAAUACCUCAUCGUGCAAGCGCUGCGCUUCAACUUCGAUGUGCGGCAUCCGUUCCGCGGGCUCAAGGGCGCGCAUCUAGAGCUCUGGGAGAUAGCGAAGGGCAAGUUUGCGCCGCUGCCGCACGAUAGCCGGACAGGGGAGGCUGCGCAGGCGGAGAUGCUCGCGCUGCCGACGAAGACGGGGGAACCAGCAGGGAAGCGAGUGAGCGUCAACGAGUUCGAAAAGCGAUUAACAGCCACCUACAACGCCGCCUCCGCGGUCCUGAAAACCGCCGCCCUCCUCACAGACGCCUAUUUCCUCUACCCGCCGUCGCAAAUAAUGCUCGCCGCGCACCUCCUCGCCGACGAGCCCCUCACGCUGUUCUACCUCUCCACAAAGCUCCCGCCUUCCUCGCCUAUCCACGCAAAACUCCUCAGCACAAUCCGUGCAUGCGCCACCCUCCUGUCCUCGCACCGCAGCUUCACAUCCUCCUCAACCAUCAAGGAAGAAAAAGAGGCCCGCGACAAGAAAGAGAAAUCCGCAGUGGCGGCGCUGAUUAAGAAGCUGCGUCAUUGUCGGGAUCCAGACAAGCUUGAUCUAGUGCAGCUGAAUCAGGCGCACAAGCGGGAUGCGGUGCAGGACGGGAGUUUGGAGGAGCAGAAGGCGAAGAGGCGGAAACUAGAGCGCGAGAAGGCGAAGAAGGAGGCGGAUGACUUCUGGGGGCCUGAGCUGCCUAAGAAUGGGGCGAAGGCGGGGUGAUCGGGGAAUCUUUUGGACAUGUGCAUUUGUAGGCGUCUCGGGAUAAGCGAUGGGAAUAUGCAUUGCUAUGGUGUCAUGGCGUUCGACGGCUUGCAUGGAUUGCACCAUGUGUAUUUUACUAAUCAAGAGACCGGGACGGUCGAGGUUUCAAUAUCCAUAGACGACUACCGCCUGGUAGCUAGGUCAAUAGCAGAGUGUACGAUCACAGCAUCAAUAAGAG